AUGCCUUUCGAGCUGAAUAUGCUAGUUUUUCAGAAGGAGAUGCCUUAUAACGAUCCAGAAGUUCGAGAAAUCGAAAAUGCUGCAGCUUUGGGGAUUGCUACUGCGCGCGGUCUGGCCAAUGUUGUUUCUACGAUUUGGCGAAGAAAUCUGAUAAGCGAUGAAGUUUGGACGCAAUUGCGCGAUCCGGUUGAGCGAGGUGACGACAAGGUAACUGGUUAUGGAUGGCAUCGUGGUCACGGUUUCUUCUAUCAUCCACAUCCGACCAGAAAAAAUGCCUUCCUUAUGCUGCAUGGUGGCCAUGGAAUGCAAAAUUUAGUCAUUGAUCCAUAUAACAAAGUAGUCUUCGCUUUGAUCAGAAACGGGUUGUUGUGGGAUGCUAAGGCGUUCAAGGAAACCACUGCUUUUGCUGAAAGUAUCAUCAAAAAGUGCUGCUCAUAA